AUGGAUUCGUUGCUCAGUGGAAGUUUCUUUUCCUGGCCUUCCAUCCUGGCCCAGAUCCUGAUCGCCCUCGUCAGCCUAUUCGCGUGGCGUCGCUACUUGUCUCCCCUCGCUGAUAUCCCCGGCCCAUUCGUCGCCUCCUUCACUCGGUUCUGGCACAUUCGUCGCAUCUGGAUUGGGGACCAGAAUCUCCAGCUCGUACAACUUCACGAGAAACUCGGACAUUUCGUCCGCAUCGCCCCCAAUGAGGUCAGCGUCAGUCACCCAGAUGGAAUCAAGAAGAUUCUCCUCACGCCGCUUUGGAAGGGCAAAUGGUACGAGUUGCUGGCGUUCCCGGAUUACCGGUACCAGACGCCCAUGUCGACCACCGACCCCAAGAAGAAGGUCGAGCGAUCAAGGAACCUGGCAUCGGGAUACACGCUAUCCAAUGUGAUCAAGUCAGAGGACGCCAUCACCCACACCAUCGAGAUGCUCCUAGAUUGGAUGGACAAGUACGCCGAGAACCAACAGCCAAUGGAACUGGACAAGUUCUUCACCUUCACAGCCUUCGACGUGGUCGGCGAGGUCGUCUUCUCCAAGCAAUUCGGCUUCCUGCGCUCGGGCACCGACAUCGGCGACGCCAUCUCUAACUCCCUCGCCCUCAACGCCUUCGCCGCCAUCGGCGGCUUCCUCCAGCCGGCCAACCUGCUGGUAGCCAACCCGCUGGUCACCCGCCUGCAGGUCAUGCCCAUGGGCCACCUCUUCAACACCACCCUGCGCGCCAUCACGUCCCGCCGGCGCAACCAGGACGCCCGCUUCGACAUCGCCGCGCACUGGUUCCGCACCCACGCCGCGCACCCGGACCGCCUAUCCCUGCGCGACAUCCACGCCCAGGCCACGACCAACGUCGGUGCCGGCGCCGACACCGUGUCGUGCGCCCUGCAGUCCUUCGUCUACCACAUGAUCCGGCACCGCGACGCGUGGCGGCGCGCCCGCGCCGAGAUCGACUCCGUCGCCCACAUCAACCGCGUCGUGUCCUUCGAGGACGCCCAAGGCCUGCCCUUCCUGCAGGCCUGCAUCCGGGAGGCGCUGCGCGUCUUCGGGCCCGUGCCCAUGGGUCUGCCGCGCGUGGCGCCGGCGGAGGGCGUCACGGUCGGCGAGCGGACUUUCCCCGAGGGGACUGUACUCUCUAUCAACCCCUGGACUAUGCACCACUCCAAGGAGAUAUGGGGGGAUGAUGCGCACGAGUUCAACCCGGAUCGGUGGUUCGACGAGUCUGUGGCCGCUGCGGAGAAGUACUGGAUGCCGUUCGGCAUGGGAUACAACUCCUGCCCCGGCCAGAACGUGGCCAAGAUAGAGCUGUCCAAGAUCGCGGCCACCCUUGUUCGCGAUUACGACAUCCGCCAGGUCGACGAGGACCAGGAGUGGAAGUGGAAGGCGUAUUUCACCGUCGUGCCGCAUUCCUGGCCCUGCUACAUUAAGAAAAGAGAGAGAGCCGACAUGGACUGA